AUCAUGCACUUUUCUGAGUUACAUCCGGUUUAGAGUCAUGGAGGCUGUCCAUCAAGCGAAAAACCUUCUUCGACAAGAGCUAAAGAAGAGACUGAAAGCUCUUUCUGAGCCAGAGAAGGUCAGGCAGUCUCUUUACAUAACAAAAAAGCUAAUGUCACACCCUGCCUACCAGAAAAGUCAGCGGAUAUCAGUCUACCUGGCCAUGAAGAAAGAAGAAGUGGACACGACUGGUAUCCUUCAGAACAUGUUCACCCAGAAUAAAUCCUGCUACAUUCCUCAGUACAUUGGACCCAAGAUGAAUAUGCUGAGGAUGACCUCUAUGGAGGAUUAUGAAGCUCUGCCAGAAACAAAAUGGAAGAUCAAGCAGCCGGCUGAUGAUGAUGAGAGGGAAGAUGCUCUGAAAACAGGAGGUCUGGAUUUGAUUAUUGUCCCUGGCCUUGGAUUCAGCAAAGAGGGUCAUCGUCUUGGGAGAGGAAAGGGAUACUAUGACAUCUACCAGAAGCGAUGUUUGGAGGAAUCUGGAAUCAAACCGGUUACAAUCGCCUUGGCUUUCAAGGAACAGAUCUGCGAGAGUAUACCUGUCACAGACAAUGAUGUCACAAUAGACUACGUGCUCUAUGGAGACAUGGAUGACUGAUUAAGCUUUAGAGAAAGCAAAGGUAUACUCUUAAAACUCAACAGUAUUUUGAUUAGAAAAUUGAAAGAUCGAUGGGGUUGCUCAGGAUUUGAAGAAAGAGAAACAUGAUAAUUUUUUUCUUUCAUCUCUUUCUGUCAUGUUGCUGGAUGAUAAAAUUGAAUGAUUGACAUGGAUUCAAAAUAAGCAGGGAUAUAGUCAAGGGCAGCAUCAAGGCCAGAUUUUGCUGGCCUUGGCCCAAGUCUUGUGUGUACAGUGGUUUUCUCCAGCCACCUCUUGACUUGAAAGUACCGCCCUUAACUACUUCCCUGCAAAUAAGCACCAAAUUAUUGCAGUACUGGUAAUCAAAGGAAUAAUGUGGUUCCAUGCAGUUAUAUUUUUAUCAGAUUUUGUAAUUUUGAUAACAUUUGAUUGACUAUGUCUAAAAGCUCACCCAUGAUUUAAAAAAAAUACUAUUCUUGCCUCCAAGCAGAUUAUCAUUACUAUUAUCAAGAUCAUUUCAGUACUAGGGGAGUAAUUUCUACUUGAUUUGACUUAUUAUUCUUUGCUUGGAAUAUAAGAAGCUGAAAUCAUGUCAAACUUAUUCUAAUUGAUAACCUGUUAGGGCUGGGUAGUUCAUGUACAAAGCCUAUGAGAAUUACAAAAAUGCAGUACUUAGCAUUAUUCAAAUGAUUCCGCAUGGUACAAUCGGUUUAAAAAUCAUCUGCUAUUUUUGGUAAGUUAAGAAUAAUAUGAACAUGUCCACAAUCAUUUCAUUAAUUGUUUUGUUGCUUCUUAUUGAAGUUUAAUUUUUUAGAAAAGUAAUGAAGUGCAUGUAUUGUCACAUCAUUAGAUAUAUUCUAUUACAGCGAUAUAGUGUGAGUAAAUAUGAUGAUGCCAUAUAAAAAAGGUGUUGUUUUUUAAGAUAUGCAUAAAUCCCUUUUUGGGGAUGCUUUUAAAACCAAGACCAGUCAGCAGUAAUUAUUUACUUACAAGUCAUCACUGGCCAUACAUAGAUAUGUGCAUUAUGAAUUAAAAAAGACAAAUAUUUUUUUGAUAACAUUUGACUUGUAAUCAUGUUUUUCUUUGAUCUUCUGUAAUAAUCUUAUUUGAUUUGUAUCAAGAGAAUAUAUCUUACAUUGGUGUAGAAACAAGAUUCGAUUUACAAACUAAAGAGAUAAUACUUAUAGGGUGAAAUAUAUAUAUAUAUAUAUUUUUACAUUUUCCCCUUUCCUCAUUCAUAUUUUUAAAUAUUAGCUUUUUCCUUCUCAUUAAUUGUUUACUCUGAGUAGGAGGAAAAGUGCAGUAUUUACAACAAUAUUUUUGACAAAUUUGAUCUCUGCAGAGUCAAAUGUUUUCUUGUUUUAGUUUUUUUUCUUCAUCUAAGAAAAAUCUUUUAAUAAAAUUAACAAUAACAAAUUAACUGUCUUUAUUACUCUUUAUAUACAUAUGCCUAUUCUUAUGUGAUAUCAUUAAACCAUGGUCACUGUACAUCAUCCAAUUAUUGUACAUUUUCAGUAAAUAAUACCUGGAGUUUUAAAAUUAAGAAUAUAUCUUUGCUGGGUAAGUAUUUUAAUUAAAGCAUAUUCAAUUUAAUUCUAAGAAUUAUACUUCACCAAGCAUACGUUUAAAACCAAAUUAUCACCUUUAUCAACAAAGUGAUGUCAUGUACUUGAUGCAAUGCCAGUAUCUCAUUGUAUUAAUAUAAUUUUAUCUGGCUCAUAUCAAGGCCUGCAAGAUAAUUAUAUGAGCUGUCAGCUUUCGUUUAUAAAAACGAAUGACCUCAUAGCUAUUAACUUGGUAGCCUUUGGGAAUUUUUUUACUUGUAUGAAUUAGCUGAGAGGAAGUCUCCUGUGUAAAGAGCAAUACAUGGAUUUGAUGUUAACCCCUGUAGCACAAAUAUUAGUGCUGGAUUGUAGGGUUGAUUUUUCUGCAAUCAACCACUUCAAUAAGUGAUGUGAUCAAUAACCAAAUUUUGUAUUACAGAGCCCAUAUAUCAAUUUAAGCUAGAGUUAUAAAAUAAUUCCUGUUUUUGAAAAGUUUGUGUUUCAUAUUUUCUGUGUUUUCAUUCAACAAUUGACCCUUGUGAUCAAGUUGAAAUUUUAUGGUCCCAUUAAAUUUCACAAUUUAUUUUUCUGUUUAGUUGAAAAUAAAGUUUUAUUUGGUUGAAAAGUUUGUGUUUAAUAUUUUCUGUGUUUUCAUUCAACAAUUGACCCUUGUGAUUAAGUUGAAACUUUAUGUUCCAUUAAAUUUCACAAUUUUUUUUUAGUGUUUAGUUGAAAAUAAAGUUUUUUGUUAGUUUUGAAUCCAUAAUUAGUUGCCAUUUUUAUCUGUACUUUAUCUCAUGUGAGAUAUUACCUGAUUCAAUUUACCUACUGUAUGGAUGAAACUUUGUAUUAUUUGUAUUAGUUGCAUAUGAAGAUGAAUCAUUAAGCUUGGAAACUGAUAAAAGACAAUUAUGACUAUUAGACACAUGUUCCUUAUAUGGUAGUUCUAUACAGUUUUAUUUUUUUACACAAUGUAUAAUAUUUUCUUUGAUAUUGCAUUCACUUGAAAAUAUUCAUUUUUUCUGUGAAUGUAUCAAAAAUUGUGCAUUAAAAGACAAAUGGUGAACUUCAUCUCUAUGGUAACCAGCAGUCUAAAUGUAUCAUCAUCAAUGUCAAAGUAGCUUCCAUAUGAAUAUUAAAUGAUUUUAUCUACCA